GUAAAAAUGGGAACACCAAAAAAUUUAAUUGAUUUGCCUUUUGAGGUUCUUGAUUUGAUAUUUAAGAACCUUGACGAGUGGGAUAAGUGGCCACUGGCGAGAGUUAAUAAUAUUUUGGGAAAAGCAUUUGCUUUUCAUAGCCGAGAUAACUAUGAACGAAUUUCGGUACACUAUUGUUCAUCCUUGUUUAUAAUGAGUGUGUUGCCAUUAUGCGGUGCAACUGUUCGCCAUAUUGAGAUUGAUAGCAGUUUUGAGGAUUUUCGCAUACUAGCCGAUCUAGUAGUGAAGUUUUGCGAUAAUUUGCUGUCAAUAACCAUGGAUGUAAGCUCUCGUCCAGAUGAUAUCAGAGGUACAAAAUGGUUCCUAAACACUGGGAUAAAAUUGAAAUCAGUUGAGAUUAAUGUGCGCAUUGACAGCAAGACCUUUCCGAAAAUCGCCGGCACAUUAAAAACACUUCCCGGCUUUAAGGGCUUACACUUAAAUGAUAUUUAUAUGGGUGUUGAUCCUAUUAUUUGGUCUUUUUUAAAUUUGGAGGCUUUGGAGCUUCAUUUUGGACCCAUUCAGAGACGGUAUAAUAUUUUCGAACUAUGCUCUCCACUAAAGAAUCUUCGAAAUUUAAAAAUUUACUCAACGGAAGUACAUUCUUCAAUUAAUAUCGAUGAAUUUAUUGCAUUGGAAAAGUUUACAAUUGGUCAAUGCAUUGUAAGCGCUCCAGAUCUACCGUUUUUUAAAAAUCUAAAAGCUAUCGGCUUUGUAGAUAAUUUUACAUAUGUCGAGAACAUGUUUUUUGCGUGGGUAUUGAAACACUCGAAAACCUUAGAGAGCCUAAAGUUCAGCUAUGAAAACAUUCAAAACGAUGAUUUCUUUAAAAUUAUUAAAAGUUGUCAAAAUCUUCGCUAUAUCGACCUAAAAAUGGACAUCGAUAACCUUUUAUCCAAGUCAUUUAUAACCAAAUUGCUUGGCAUUUUGCAAGAAAAUGGAGUCACCCCAAAUAAUCCAUUUCAAUUGGUUACCAAAAAAAUCACACACGCUGCGAUGAAAAAAAUUAUGCCUGACACACCGAAUUCGAAAUUGUUAGACUUUUUUACCUACGAGCAUUAAUGCCAGAUUGGAAAUGAUGAAAAUAAUUAAGAACUUGUGUAUCUGAAUAUAUAACUUUAUAAUUUCAAGAAUUAUGGCAAGUUUGAGUUUUGUAUAAUUCUCUUACUUAAUGUAUUUUAUUUGGUAAAAAGAAUGUAAUAUUUUAUACCUCCUAUUUAAAAACGGGGUAAAAUUCUAGGAAAGAGAAUAAAGAAUACCUGAAGUAUGAGUCCAAAUUGUAAAAGGA